UUGAUAUUGCUUCCAGGACGAAACGAAUUUCUCUAAAUCACAUCGUUAAUUUCUCUAUAUCGAACAUUUUUUUUCUGUAAUAUUUAGUAAUGGAUGGUAGUUGUUUUGAAUAACAUCAACGAUGCUCUACUUACAUAUUGCUCUGUCUUUCAUUCUAUUUUUACAUCUUGUCGAAGGGAACUUCUAUUUUACUAACUCUCUCGGACUUCAGCAACUUUCUGAACGAGAAGAAUUGCCUGUUGGUACAUUCAUCGUUCAAGCCUUAACAAACCAGCUAGCAGUGGACAGUUUUGAGAUUUCACUAGAUGCAGCCACGUAUUUUGCAAUCAACAACACAGGGCAUAUAUCAAUCAAGCAGAGAAUUGAUCGAGAGGCUCUGAUUUCUAGGACAAUAACUGGCACUAUAACAGCUAAAAAAAGCACUGCAUCUCCAAAUACGGUAACUGCUACAUUUAGAUGUGUAAUAACUGACAUCAACGAUAAUGUACCAUCAUUCCCAAAAAGGCUCUAUGAAGUUUCAACUAGUGAGGCUACAUCGGUUGGUGUUCUGAUAUUUUCCCAAAGUGCAGUUGAUGGCGAUGCUACUUUAAAUUCGAAUCUGCAGUACAGCAUAGUCAGCGGCAAUGAUGGUGGAAAAUUCGCAAUUGAUGGCACUGGUAAAGUAAGCAUCUCAUCGAAGCUGGAUUAUGAACAACAAAUAGAAUACACACUCAACAUAACCGUACGGGAUCAACCAGGUCUUAGUAACUGGACUAUUUUAGUUGUUAAUAUUGCUGAUCAAGAUGACUUGCCUGCAAAGUUUACAGCAUUCAAUUAUUUGGGUUCAGUGGCAGAAGAUGCCACACUGGUCAGUAUUAAGACUUCAUUGAAUAUGAUUAGCAAUCCAAGUCUGAAGUAUCAGUUUUCUAAUCUUGUCUGA